GAAAGAGCAAAAAAAAGAGCAAGGAAGAAAAAGAGAAAAAAUAAAGGAGAAAGUAAAAAAAGAAAAGAACAAAAGAAAAAGGGAGACACAACAAGUGAAACAAGAGAAACAGGAAGCAGCAACAAAAGGAAAAGGAAAGAACAAUGCAAGAAAAAAGAGAAGAAGGAAGAAGCGAGAAAAACAGGAAAAUGAAGAGAUAAAAAAACGAGACAAAAAGUAA